AUGGAGCCCUCGCCGCUUGCGGAUCACUACACUCGCUACAAGUUGGGCACUGCGAAAAUCAUCAGAUGGCUCAGCCAGCAAGCACAGCGCAUCACCGAGCGGAGCGGCAACGUCAUGAACUUGCCGAGUCCAUUGACAACGAAGACCCUCAUUCGCCUGGCGAAGAUUAUCAGUCUUGCCAAGCCGAAAUCCAAGGUCCCAAUAUCAAUCUUACUGGUCAUCGAAGAUGUAAUCCGAGGUCGCCAGCGCUGCGCGGAUUUCUAUGGACAGCUGGAGGUCAAUACCACGGACGGCAAGUUUACCUCGACGAAUGAGUCUCACCGUCAUUUCAUCUCUGUCCUGGAGGAGGUGAGGACCUUGUUGAAGGCUCUGGAUAUUGAGCAGCCAAAGAACAGCGGCCACUCCACCGGCAGUAACAGCAAGUCCACUGGGAGCAAGCCUGCAGAAUCAGUUAAGAAGAACAUAUUCGAGACCUUGGAGCUCGAAGAACCUUCCGACCGGCUGCAGAAUUUGUCGGUCACGUCGAAGAAAGGCGGCAAGAAAUCAGAGCAGCCACCGAGCACGCCGGAGUUGGAAGAGGACGGAGAGUCCAAGGCUGCUAUGUCUGUCUGGUGUAUGUUCGAAGACAUUCGAGAGAUCCGAAACCAUCUGCAAUCCGUUUGGCGUGACUUUUACGACGGCAAAAUCUCAUUCCUGGCCGCAGUUGAGCUGACCCAAACUGCGUUCAUUUUUAUGGAGCACAUCACUUGGGGUCUUGAGCCAAUCGACAACGGACCAGAGAUUUCCUACGACGAGAUAUCCGAUUUUCUCGGCAUUGAGACAACCAUGGGCCGCCGCGGCACUGUCACACUGUUCAUGAACAAAACCAACAUCCGCGCCACAAGCGAUGCAGCUGAGCUACUCUGCAUCUCUGCCUGGACCGUCCUUCAAGACUUCAGAACAUGCAUCAUGGCGGUGCACAAUCCCAAAUACAGCAAUGUCCGCUACAACCGCCAGCCGUUCGCCGAUGCUCUGCGUCAAUGCGAGCCGAUCCUGCGUCACAUGGCAACGGUACUUGGCGAUGAACCUUACAACGGAGACGUGAAAGGAUUUUGGCUCGACUCUUUCACCGACGACCUGCUCCAGAUGUGUCGUGGAGGAGGGCCGAUUCCAAUUCGCACUGUAGCACAGUGUCAGGUGAUAGUGGAUGCUUUGCCUGCACUCGCUGGUCAGAUUCAUCUUGGCGAUGAGAUUGUCCGGGAAUCCCUUGACCGGAGCUCCUACGAAACUCGAUACAAGGGUUACGAGCGCAUGGCUGAACGCCUCGGAGAUCAGCAUGCUCGAGAGAUCUUUGCAGCGGGCCGUCAGAAUGGUACCAUUCCAGGAAUGGAUGCCGCUCUUUAUCAAGGACUGGUGGGGACCUACCCGUGGCCAUCGGAUCGAAACCCAGAGGAUUUGCUGAAGCACUUGCCUUUGUUCGCAGGUUUCCGCCUAUGCCAUGUGAGAGUCGGUCAUUGCAUCUCGUCGAUCAAUUCAUCUGAAGGCGAAAGUGGUGAAGUCGACCAUGCAGCUGUACUGGGCUUGGCUUAUCUCUAUCGGGCAGCUCGACGUAUUGACUUGCUCCAGGGUGAAUGGGCUGACAUGGAAACUCUGAUAGCCAGUCAAAAUAUGGCUGGACUCUACGUACGCGAGGCCGACAGCCUUGCCGGCUAUGCCCGGCAUUUUGACCUGUCCAUCGGAGUGCCUGCCAGCGCCUUUGCUCGAAACGCUGCUCUUCGACCUGGACUGCCUGGGAAGUCCACCAUUGCCACUAAACUGAAGAGAUUGCAGUCUCCAUCAGCGUUUGCACGACGUCUGGCUCAUGGCGCAGAUCUGGUGGCCAGUGGAUUGAAUGGCUACAGUGCGUUCUAUGCUUCGUUGUACAAAGAUGCUGAGACCAUGAAGAAGGCACCAGUGACCCAUCUAACAUCAGUCGAAUUGUUGCAGACAAUCCAGCAGAGCAUGGAAGCUGACGAAGUCUACCUGAAGUUCGAUUACUGGGCCUUCAGUAUGCGUUGCAAAGCUAUCUUCGAUAAUCUGCGCAAGCGCGAAGCAGGUCAACUGAAGAAGCUCUUCGGCAAAAAGAUCCCCGAUGUCGUGGAAUUGACCCACACAAUACUGUGGCAAGCGGCAGACACGCCUCUUAACAGUCGUCCGCGUGAGAGGCCCCUCCUCGCCGGAAUCGCUGAACAUGUUGGCAAUGUGUCCGUUCACGAUGGCUGCUCGUUCCUGUCCGUGGCCCAGCACGGAACCACUGGGCACAUCAAAGAGGAAGACAAGCCCUCUAGCAAGUACAAAUGGGGUGGCGAGCAGCAAGUCAAUCCCUAUGGCACGAAGCAAGAUCGCCCUGAAACGCAUCGCGAGGUCCUGGAGGAAGUGGUUGAUGCAGAGCGAAACCGCAUCCUGAAUGCUACUUGCGCGAAGUUUCGGGAGCUCGAGAACGCUGGAAUUACCACUGAGAAACGCUUAGCAUUGACGCGCGCCUGGGCAGACGAGGAGUUCGUCAAGGCUAAGCUGCCGUUCCUCAUCAACAAGAUGGAUUUCCUGGAGGAGUUUCAAAAUAUCGUCAUCACCACGAAGGUCACAGGAGACCCGGUGUUCGCAUUGCUUGCGGAAAUCAUGGGCGAUCCGUUCUGGUUGUUGGGUGGAAACGGACCGGAACCCUCUGCUCGCUCUGGAGCAGAGGAAUGA